CCGAUCCAUCAGCCUGAGUCCGGCCCGCGCUGCUGCGGCCUGGGAGCCGAGCCGGGCGGACAGGCGGGCGGGCGGCCGGGACCGGACGGGGCGGGAGCGGCCGGGCCCCGGGUGUCUGCGGCCGCCGGACGCGCCGGGGCCGGGCAGCAGGGAAGCGGGACGUUGACGGGUGGAACCUGGCUGGGGCUGCCCUUCCAGGGAGCGGAGCUGCCCCGAGGAGGAAGCGGGGACAGGGUCGGCUCUAGAGAGGGCGAAGGAUCUGACCUUGCUGACCUCGAAGGCUGACAGGGGAGCUGCGCCCCGAGAGAAGCAUGGAUGCCCCUAGAAGGGACAUGGAGUUGCUCAGCAACAGCCUGGCGGCCUACGCGCACAUCCGCGCUAACCCUGAGAGCUUUGGCCUCUACUUCGUGCUGGGCGUCUGCUUUGGGCUGCUCCUCACCCUGUGCCUGCUAGUCAUCAGCAUCUCCUGUGCACCCCGCCCGCGGCCCCGCGGCCCCGCCCCGCGCCGGGACCCCCGCAGCAGCACCCUGGAGGCCGAGGAGGACGAGGAGGAGGACGACGACGAGGAGGACACGGUGACGCGGCUGGGCCCCGACGACACGCUGCCGGGCCCCGAGCUGUCCGCGGAGCCCGACGGGCCCCUAAGCGUCAACGUCUUCACUUCCGCGGAGGAGCUGGAGCGGGCACAGCGGCUGGAGGAACGGGAACGGAUUCUGCGAGAGAUCUGGCGCACCGGACAGCCUGACCUGCUGGGCACCGGCACGCUGGGGCCCAGCCCCACGGGCACGGGCACCCUGGGCCGCAUGCACUAUUACUGACCUGCUCACUUGCGCUGCAAGGUGCUCAGCGUCCAGGACAUGCGUAGGGGCUCAGAGCUGCCCCAGGACCUUUGGACUUGCCCCCUGCCCACGGUGCUAUGGAGGCCCCGCCCCCACGGCUCCCCUGGUGCUAUCGGGCCUGGAUUCUGGCCCUCUGGGAGACACCCUUCCCUAGUCCAGCCAGAAGGCCCUGGGGGUAGGGUAGGACGCAGGGUCCCCAUCCCCUCUCUGGGGGACGGUUAAGAGGUGACGUGACCAAUGAAAGCUGCAUUCUCAGUGACUCAGUCUCCUUCUGCUUCUAGUAACCCCCAGGCUCUUGCCAUGUCGGGGUACCUAGGGUUGAGAUCCCUCUACCAGGCAGCCCACCUCCUUCCAUGCAACUCACACCUCGGCACACAUACUUGCAUUCAGUUCACACAUGGCAAAAACACACGCCUGCUGCACCCACAGACACGCACACAAAUCAACUGCAUUCCUUAAAGUGCAUUCCUUACCCGGAAACGCCUGGGUACAGGUUGCCCCUGUCUCUACAAAUGCCCUGGGUUUAUGCAUCAUUUCAAUCACACAGACACACAUGCACACAAGGCCUCGGGACCCUGACCUUGACGGCAAGGCGCUAUUACCCCCAGUGUAACCAAGUGUGCCUGA